AAGAGAAAAAUGAUGGCAGGGCUCCGUUCGGUUUUGUUUUUAAUCGCGGCCGUUUUGGCGACGGGAAUUUCCGCCGAAUUUUCCCCCUUCGACAUGGUCGACGAGUACGUCAGGCAAUUCAAACUCGGCAUGAACUCAUUGUACAAAUGGUCUGACGCCUACAAAACCAAACAGUAUAAUUUCGACAAAGGAGAGUUCAAUACUACACUAGCUCUAGGCGCUGCGGAAGAGUACGAUUUUAUCAUAGUAGGAGGCGGCACGGCCGGGUUAACUUUAGCCCACCGGUUAUCCGAGGAGCCACGAUGGAAAAUCCUGGUGUUAGAAGCAGGCGGUUUGGAAACCCUGAUUACUCAAGUGCCGGCCGUUCAACCUCAGCUACUCACCACCAGCUACACGUGGGGCUACAAAACCUGUCCGCAAAAGCACGCUUGUUUAGGUAUGGAGGAGAGCAAAUGUUGCGUGAUAAAAGGCAAAGCUUUGGGAGGAGAUUCCUCCAUCAACGAUUUGUUGUACACCAGAGGCCAUCAGAGAGACUACGACAUUUGGGCCGAUACCGGCAUGAAAGGUUGGUGUUGGGACAACGUUUUGCCCUACUUCAAGAAAAUGGAAAACGCCUGCGUGAAGGACAUGGACAGGAAAUACCGCCAUUACGGUGGCCCUAUUCAUUUGGAGAAUUUCGAACCCACCGAGCCGAUUCUAGCCGAGAAAUUCCUCGAGGCUGGCAAGCAUUGCGGCCUCGAAAAAAUCGAUUACAACGGUAAAGAACACAUCGGCCUCGCCAUUCCACAGGUCAUUACCAAGCACGGUAAACGCUACAGCGUCGCCAAAGCCUACCUCAACCCCAUCGUCGAACGCAACAACCUGGUGAUACUGCCCUACAGCCACGUCACCGAAAUCCUAAUCAGUCACAUUACGAAAGAAGCCAACGGCGUCACCUACAUCAAAGACGAUAAACUCCACAUAGCCAAGGCCAAGAAAGAAAUCAUCCUAUCCGCUGGAGCCAUCAACACGCCGCAACUCCUCAUGCUCUCCGGAGUCGGUCCGCACCCGAUCCUCCACAAAGUCGGCAUCGACACCAUAUCCGAUUUGUUCGUGGGCUUCAAUCUCAAAGACCAAGUCUCUUUCAUGGGAUUGAACUUCCUCUACGAACCCCAUCACCACGAUGAAAAGACUCACGAAGAGGAGAACAACGAGGUACGUCCUCCGCACGAGGCGUUAGAUUUCAGAUUCGACGGGCCCAAGUUCAUACCAAAUUUGGGUCUCGAAGACGACGAUAAAGUUGCUCAUAAUUUCUACAACGACGGGCAGCAAUCUCAAAGAAUCGAAAGGGACUAUAAAUAUGAAGGAGAAGAUGCGCAUGAAAAGAUAAAAUGGUUGCACUCUCAUUCGGAUAACGAAAUUAUCGAUUAUCUGAAAUACGGAACGGGUCCUUUAAGUUCGACGGGAUUACAGCUGGUUGGGUUCAUCAAAACCGAAUUUUCCAGAGAUAGAACCGAUUACCCGGACAUUCAAAUCCUACUCAAAAAAACUCAUCCCAAAGGAGGUUGCUACCACUUCAAGGGCUACAGUCUGAAGAAAGAGCUGCAAAACCUGCUGUGCAAGCCGCAGCAGGGCUUCCAAGUGGAAAUCGUGCUGUUGCAUCCGAAAUCUAAAGGUACGAUGAAACUGAACGACGUCGAUCCCUACCAUCAUCCCUACAUCAACCCCGAAUUGCUCUCCGACGAGGACGAAUUCGACGUGGGCACGCUAAUGGCCGGCAUAAAGAAAGUACUGAAGAUCGUCGAUUCGCCGUCCAUGAAAAAGUUAGACGUGAAAUUGGUGCACGAAAAGAUACCCGAAUGCGACCAGGCCAUUUUCAACGACGAGUACUGGAAGUGCGCGAUAAAGUACUUGUCUGUAGCGAGAGGACAAAUCACCGGUACCGCUAAAAUGGGUCUGCCCACCGAGAAAGAAGCCGUCGUGGAUCAGGAUCUCAAAGUAUACGGGGUGCACAAAUUAAGAGUGGCCGAUGCCAGUGUAAUUCCUGUCAGUAUUACGGGAAAUCUGAUGGCGCCCGAGAUCAUGGUGGCGGAAAGGGCGGCCGACAUUUUGAAAGAAUGCUGGUCUAUCAAAGUAUAA